AUGAAGAGACGUUUCACAGCAAGAGAAGCUCUGGAUCUAGUUGUGGCCACCAACAGUGAGCACCCAGCACUGAGAGUGAGGACACAGAAGAGACUGCAGAUCUUCAGUGGAAUUCAAAAAAAUGGGCAGAUUCUCUGGUCUUCCACUCACACUGAGACGCUGCGCUACAGUCCUGCCAAGGGUAUGACCCCGGGUCCCACACACUAUGCAACUGGGAACACUGUGACCUGCGACAAUUUUUUCACCUCCUAUGGACUGGCGGAGGAGCUUCUAAAGAGGAAGAUGGCCCUAGUCGGCACAAUUCGCAGGAACAAGCCAGAGCUUCCCCCACAGCUGCUGCAAAUAAAGCAUAGAGCACUUCUGUCCUCCCUCUUUGCUUUUACUAAGACGCACACAGCUGUGUCUUACGUACCCAAACAAGGGAAGAAUGUGCUGCUCCUUAGCACCAAGCACCGCGAGCCAGCCUUGAGCGACACUGAAAAAAAGAAGCCAGUGAUCAUCACAGACUACAACCGCUGCAAAGGAGGUGUCAACAACCUGGACAAGGUUGUUGGCACCUACAGCUGUAGGAGAAGAACAUGUCGGUGGCCAGUGGUUCUCUUCUACAGCCUUGUAGAUGUGUCUACCUUCAACUCCUUUGUACUGUGGUUAGCCGUGGAUCCCUCCAGGAACCAGGGCAAAACAUUUAGACAGAGGCUGUUUUUGGAGGAACUGGGGAAAGCACUUGUGAUGCCGCAAAUUUCACGAAGACAGCGCAUCCCCCGCACACCAUCUACGUCCACCACGAUGGAGGAUCAACAGCAGGGAGACCCAAACACCAAAAAAGAGGAAGGUCUGCACGUUCUGCACUGA